AUGACUAUGAUUAUUCGUUUAUGGACUGCAGUAAUCGCAGCUUUAUAUUGCAAAAUUUCCCAGGCAAUGGAUAUAGAUACAUCCGAUGCCACUUCCAUUUGUUAUAAUACUGCCUUGAUCCAAGCUGGUAUGCUUGAUUAUUAUGAAGGUAACAGGUAUGGUGGUACAGUAGGGAUGUUUCAAAGUCCUUACUACUGGUGGGAAGCCGGUGAAUCAUUUGGUGGUAUGAUUGAAAACUGGUUUCUUUGUCAAAAUGAUACAUACUUAUCCUUGAUCUCGGAAGCAUUAUUAUACCAGGCUGGUACUUCAUAUAAUUUUAUUCCAGAUAACCAGACUAUGGUGGAAGGUAAUGAUGAUCAAGGGAUCUGGGGGCUUACAGUGAUGGACGCUGUAGAGAGAAAUAUGACAGACCCAACAGGUGACAAUGUUCCCGGUUGGUUAUCGAUGGCUCAAGCUGUGUUUAAUACUAUCUGGUCUAGAUGGGAUUCUGCUAAUUGUGGUGGUGGUGUUAGAUGGCAAAUUUUCACUUGGAAUUCAGGUUACAAUUACAAAAAUACCAUUUCUAAUGCAUGUUUAUUCCAGUUGGCGGCACGUUUAGGUAGAUAUACUGGUAACGAUACAUAUUUGGAGGUAGCAGAUGAAGUGUUUACUUGGCUUGUAGAUGUCGGAUAUGUUGUUUUGGCUGAUACAGCCAAUGUAUUUGAUGGUGCAGACAUUGCAGAUAAUUGUACAGAUUUAACUAAAUUAGAAUGGUCUUAUAAUCAUGGUGUGGUGCUUGGUGGUGCUGCAUAUAUGUAUAAUGCUACAAACGGUACGUCGCAAUGGGAAACUCGUGUUACACAACUAUUGAAGGGUGCCACUACUUACUUUUUCCAAGAUGGAAUUAUGUAUGAGAUGGCUUGUCAGGAUUAUAAGACAUGUAACAAUGAUCAACGGUCCUUCAAAAGUAUUUUCUCAAGAAUGUUGGGUUUUACAAGUGUAAUGGCUCCAUUUACUGCAGCUACCAUCGAUCCAUUAAUAAAGACAAGUGCAGAAGGUGCUGCAAGGACUUGUAAUGGUGGUUCAGACGGACAUACAUGUGGCUUAAAUUGGCAAGCUACUACACAUGAUGGCUACUAUGGUCUGGGUGAACAGAUGUGUGCUUUAGAGGUUAUGCAAACAUUAUUGAUCCAUGAUAGACCUGCCCCUUACAAAGCAAAUAAUGGUGGUGCCUCCGAAGGUAAUGCUAAUGCCGGUCUAGACUCUUUGACUACGAACGUCUUAAAGAACGAGUUAAAUAUACAACAGAAGGAUCGUGCUGGUGCUGCUAUCAUUACUGCUAUAAUCUUAGUAGCAUUGACUGGUGGUGCUAUCUGGAUGUUGUUUUAA